CACAACUCGAACAUUCAAAGAUUAUACUGAAAUUUCAAUUUACCUAUUGAAUUCAUUGUUAGUAACAUUGUGGUAUUCGGUUUGCGUUUGGCAAAAGGACAAGUAUGCCAAGCUCUUUGUUGGUUUGGAUGGAAUAAUUGAAAAAAGGAAGCAAAAUAUUUCGACCGGUAAAAUGUAUGAUGAAAUUAAUAGGCAAAUUGAAGAAGUGUCGAAAAAAUUGGAUAUUCUGUUGAUGCGGAUUGUGGUACCAAUGUUUACUCUGCUCCCGAUUUUAUUAUCUCUUGCCAAGUACAUUUCGUCGGGCUAUUCUAGUGAAUCUUUUCAACAAAUUUACCCAGCGAAGUAUCCGUUUAAUUGGAAAACUCCAUUUGGAUACAUGGUGUGCGCAUUUAUUCAAACAAUAACAGUACAUGCAGCGGGCCAAAUAUUCGUAUCUGUUUUGAUUUUAGUUGUUGGAUUUUGCAUAUUUGUGCGAGCAUUUAUUUCAGAUAUUCAAGACAACUUGCUUCAAUUGAAUGAGGAUUUUGAAACUGAAAUUGAUCGUCUGAAUUUGUGCACGAAAGAACGAGUCGAGCUAAAGGAGAAACUGAUUGGCAUUAUUGAAUUUCAUUCGGAGUCGAUAUGGUUUACAAAUCACUUCUCGGAUACAAAUAGCAGCCUUAUCCUGGUCUUUUUCUUAUUUACAACAAUAUCCAUAUGCAAUUUAUUUCUACAAAUUAAUAUGCUUUUUGAGGAUGGAAAUUUUGUUAGCAUUUGGCAUGUCGGUUUCGUUGCUUCCCCAAUUAUAUUUUGGCUCUAUCUGUUCUGUCAUUUUGGAGAUCAACUAACUGAAAGUUUCGGUAAUGUUGACAAUGCUUUUUAUCAACUUUCGUGGUAUGAACUCCCAUUGGACAUGCAAAAAUGCAUUCCGAUGGCCAUUUCUCUCGCUCAAAAGGAAAUUUAUCUUCAAGGAUUCGGCAGCAUCAAUUGCACGAAGGAUACGUUCAAAAAGAUCAUGAAAUCUACUUUUUCGUAUACGAGUGUGUUGAGGCAAUUUAGCGAAUAAGUGAGUCGAGAAGACAUGAAAAUUUCCCACAUUCUGCCACUCUUCAUGGAAAAACCACAAAAAUAUUGCACUUUGGCAUUUUUUUGUAUUUGAUUCUAAUGACAUAUAUUUGGUAUUACUGAAAAAAUGUUGUCAUGACAUGUUUUCUAUUACAGUUAAACAUUAAACAUAUCAAUCGUAAAGCAUCUAAUAAAAUAAAUGUUGUGCACAUCUACAAUACUUCUUGAUGUAUACUAAAAUGUCAGAAUAAAUGCAAAAAAAAAAAUUGUCUGUAGAAAA